AUGUCUAUCCGCAGGCGGACCGCGUACCGACGCCGCGCCGGAGACCAAAGGUUACGAUUUAACGAGAAUGGCACAUUCCAAAUAUCUGUUUUUAGUGAUUUGCAUUUUGCUGAAGAUGACGAAGAGGACAACAAGACCACAGGGGUGAUGAGAAACGUUCUUUCUUCAGAAGAAGCGCAACUCGUGGUACUCAAUGGAGAUUUAAUCUCUGGCGAGGCAACACAAAGCUCCAACUCCAGUCUUUACGUUGAUCGGGUUGUUGCUCCAUUAGUCGACCUUGAUUUACCAUGGGCAUCAACUUAUGGGAAUCAUGACAGCGAGAUUAAUCUCGAUCCCGAGGAGUUGUUCCGUCGAGAGACAGAAUAUCGAAACAGCUUAACCCAGAGAAGCAUUCUGGAUUCCGCUGCGGGCAUCACAAACUAUUACCUGCCAAUAUUUCCGCAUGAGGCUUCGAAUGACAGUAUCCCCGUAUUUAUCUUGUGGUUCUUUGACAGCCAAGGUGGUCAUUACCCCUUGACAGAGAAUGAUGGCAAAGCAAUCACGAGGCAGAAUUGGGUAGAUGACACAGUUAUUGAAUGGUUUGUAAGAACGAAUGCAAACUUAACAUCCACCUAUGGGCAGACGAUCCCAUCCCUAGCCUUCGUCCAUAUCCCAGUCUAUGCAAUGCGAGCUUUCCAGACAACUGGCGUUAGCCCAACCAGCGAACCAGGAAUCAACGGAGAACGAGUCCAGCAGCAAGGCUACAAACCCGAUUCUGGCUACCAUUAUCAAGACUUCCCAUUUAUGAAUGCUCUGCUGAACACCACGGGGCUGGCGGCGACUUUUAGUGGCCAUGAUCACGAUAAUGACUGGUGCUUCAAGUGGGAUAGUAAGCUUCCUGAUCUCAACGUGACGGGAAAUGGGAUGAGCAUGUGCUACGGCCGGCAUACAGGAUAUGGAGGGUAUGGCGAACAGGCGCGUGGUGGAAGGCAGAUUUUGUUGGAUGAGCGGUGGCUUGGGGAUGAUAUCCGGACAUGGAUUCGGAUGGAAGAUGGGUCGAUUUCAGGCGAUGUUCAUCUCAAUGCGACGUACGGCCAUGAUCAUUAUGGACUGGCGGAGAGGAGUAUCAUCAACGGGCAAAAUGGUGGUCUUUCUCCUCCAUGCUUGGGUGUUAUUUAUUUGUGGAUAUCUGUCUUUUCUGGGCUUAUAUCUGGGUUUCAUUUAUGGUGA